CUGCCGCUCCUCCUCCAACCAGCUCCGCCUCCCUUCCUGCGCUCUCCACCACCGGGGAGGAGGUCCGCAGGCUGCCGAGCUAACUCCCGUAACCCGGGGCGCCCUCCCCCCUAAAGUUUACGCGCGGCACCGGGCAGCCAAAGGGUCCCGCUUGCCCCGCACAUGACGCGGGCUCCCCCGAUGUCGGUACCCGGAGGCGAGGGCUUCCCGUCGGUGCGCUAUCUCCGCGCCACCGUGAGCUAACGACAUCGAUCUUCGGCUGCCGCUUCCACCGCCCCCCUCUCCGCCUCUGGUCGAGGCGAGCCCCCGCUGCCGAUCUGUCACAUCGAGCCUUGAUUGAUUAGCGGGCUCUGGAGCUCCGGAGGGGGUGGACAUCUCGCCUACCAUCGUCCAUCAUCCGGUGCAGGAAUCCCGAGCAGAAACCCCUCUGUCUGUCCCCGGCUCCUCUUCUGCCUUUUAGGACCCGCCUCCUCUCUACCUCAGCGCCCCAGAUGCCUCCCGGUCUGUAUUCCUGUGUGUAGCACCACCACCACCACCACCACCAUCACCUACUUUUACAGCAAACCUCCACCGGAUCCGCUGCCUUUAACAAUCCCACGAAGACGCGCUUCAAGGCGGCUGUAUCCUGCGACGAAUCCCCCCCCCCCCCCUCCCAGUGUCUGCUUUUCCCUUCCUGCCAGCCGGCUGGCUCGGUGCGCUCCACGCGUCCUCCCACACGCAGCCGUUCCCCGCCGCUCCCUUAAGUCCGCACCGAGCUCCCCAUCGGCCGGCCGCACCAUCCGCGCCGCGGCAGGCCUCCGUGACGCCGAGCCACGGGUCCCACCAUGCCGGGUCCGGUGGCCGGGAGCAAGGCCCGUGUGUACGCAGACGUCAACACCCUGAAGAGCCGGGAGUACUGGGACUACGAGGCCCAUGUUCCGAACUGGAACAACCAGGAGGACUACCAGCUGGUCCGCAAGCUGGGCAGAGGCAAGUACAGCGAGGUGUUCGAGGCUAUCAACAUCACCAACAACGAGAAGGUGGUGGUCAAGAUCCUCAAGCCUGUCAAGAAGAAAAAGAUCAAGCGAGAGAUAAAGAUCCUGGAAAACCUGCGAGGAGGGACCAACAUAAUCCGACUGGUGGACACAGUCAAAGACCCGGUGUCCCGGACUCCAGCGCUCGUCUUUGAGUCCAUCAACAACACAGACUUCAAGGAGCUGUACCAGAAGUUGACGGAUUAUGACAUUCGCUUCUACAUGUUUGAACUCCUGAAGGCUCUGGACUACUGUCACAGUAUGGGAAUCAUGCACCGCGACGUCAAACCUCACAACGUCAUGAUCGACCACCAGUUAAGAAAGCUACGCCUUAUAGACUGGGGGCUGGCGGAGUUUUACCACCCAUCCCAGGAGUACAACGUCAGAGUGGCCUCUCGGUACUUCAAAGGCCCAGAACUACUGGUAGACUACCAGAUGUACGACUACAGUCUAGACAUGUGGAGUCUGGGAUGCAUGCUGGCCAGCAUGAUCUUUCAGAAAGAACCGUUCUUCCACGGACAAGACAACUACGACCAGCUGGUGAGAAUUGCCAAAGUCCUGGGGACCGAUGAGCUGUUCGGCUACCUGCGGAAAUAUCACAUCGAGCUGGACCCACGCUUCAAAGACCUUCUAGGCCAGCAGAGCAGGAAGCGCUGGGAACAGUUUGUGCAGACUGAGAACCAGCAUUUAGUGAGUCCCGAGGCUCUGGACCUGCUGGAUAAGCUGCUCCGCUACGACCACCAGCAGAGGCUGACGGCCACCGAGGCCAUGGAGCACCCCUACUUCUAUCCUGUAGUGAAGGAGCAGUCUCUAUCAAACGCUGACAACAACAUGGUUUCCAGUGGCAACACUACUGGACGAUGAAAGAGGUGGAAGGACGAUGGAUGUUUGUUACCUCAACUUUGUAACCGCUUGUGUCAGAAAACUUUGACAGAGUGUACAGCGACAAAUGGAUCAAAGCGACUCGGACCAGUUUACACACUCACAGAAACGUUCACACGGACGAGCGUCAAUGCAAGCACACGUCUCCAAACACAAACAGAUGCAGAAACAAACACAACAACAACAACAAAAAAAAGCCCCCACUGCUGUCCCUCCUCAGUGUCGGUCUGUGAUUGGCUCGUCCUGGUUUCCUAUCCGGCAAUCUGACCAAUGACCUCGAAGCUGCUGCUACCCACUCCUCUGACUGCUUUCUGUCGGGUCCCGUCCGGGUCUCCUGUAGGUCAACAAAGACGUUUAAAGACUCCCGUUUGUCAUCCCUUCAUCCCUUCUUCCCUGACUGCAUCAGCAUGGAGAAUGAACAGGAGGACUGAUUUUUAUUUUAUUUUUAUUUUUUUCCCCACCCGUCUUUUCCUCCCCAUCAUCCUACUCCCCAACAGACCACAAGCGUCUUAGCACUACUCCAGAUCUGAUGGCAUGGUGGACUCUAGAUAUUAUGAUAAAUAUAAUAUUAAUGACAAAUAAAUGAUUUUUAUUUAGAUGAAUUUA